AUCAAGGAAAUGCCAGGGAGUGAGCGAUCGUGCGGCUGGGAGGGACGGCUGCCGUCCCGGGCGGAGAUUCAGCGAAGGGGCCGUCCUGUGCUCCGUUUCCUCCAGGCCUCGCUCGGCUGCCUUUCUCACGUACACUUUCGCUUUCUUUGAAGACUUUUUUUUUACUGUACUGGAGAACUUUGGGACCCUAAGCAGAGACGUCCGAAUUUUCUUUCUUUCCUUUACUUUCUCCUCCACCGCAAAAUCAGUUGAAGUUUGCGCGCUGCCAGUCCUCGGGGCCGCGCUGCUCGCUCCCGCUGGUCGCCUCCAGUAACCGCGGAGACAUUCGGCCCCUCAGGAAGUGUUAAGGAUUUUAAAAGAAGAAAAAACAAAAUCAGAACGCGGAUAUCAGUGGGAUAAAAAUCACAGAGUGUUCCCCUAUUCCUGCCGGGCAUGGAGUAAAGGGGCCCAUGGAGCAGGGCGGGAUACUGACGUUGAUGGCGGCUAUGCUGCUCGGGACGGUCGGAGCCCGAGACAGAGAAGUUUGCACUGGCUCUGAUAUGAAGUUGACCAUGCCUUCCAGCCAGCAGACCCAUUAUGAGAUCCUGAAGAUGCUUUACACGGGCUGUGAAGUGGUCCAGGGCAACCUGGAGAUCACAUAUCUUCAUGGAAACUGGAAUUUGAGCUUCCUGCAGGGGAUAGCAGAGGUGCAGGGCUACGUCCUCAUCGCCUACACAUCUGUGCGUUUCAUCCCUCUGGAAAACCUGCGCAUUAUCCGAGGCACCCAGCUCUUUGAAGGCACAUUCGCUCUGGCAGUUUUGAACAAUUCAGAUCCUCAGGGAACAAAAGGCCUGGAAGAGGUGCGGAUGCCAAACCUUUCAGAAAUUCUACUGGGAGCUGUGAAAAUCUCUGGGAAUACUCAUCUCUGCUAUCUGGAGACAAUCAAGUGGAAUGACACAUUGGAUCAAAGCAAUAAGUUUUUGUCCAAUAUUCUGGUGGACCAGGCCGGACGAAGGGUGCAGUGCCCCCCCUGCUCUGCAAAUUGUGAUGGAUCGUGUUGGGCAGAAGGAAAGGAGUACUGCCAGGACAUCACUCACCUGCACUGUGCUGCAGGGUGCCAACGCUGUAAAGGGCCCCAGCCCAAUGACUGCUGCCACAAACAGUGUGCUGCUGGAUGUACUGGCCCCAAGGACACCGACUGUCUGGCUUGUCGGCACUUCAAUGACAGUGGCACGUGCAAAGACAGCUGUCCUGCGUUAACAGUGUACAACUCCAUCACCUUUCAGUCCGACCCUAACCCAAACCGCAAGUACAGCUUUGGAGCAACAUGUGUUAAAGAGUGCCCAUAUACCUAUUUGGCAACAGCCGUGGGCUCCUGUACUUUGUCGUGCCCACCAGAUAAUAUAGAAGUGGUUGACAACAAAGAGCGGAAGUGUGACAAGUGUGAUGGCCCAUGUCCCAAAGUGUGUUAUGGUCUAGGGAUGGGCUCUCUUAAGGGUGAACGUUCAGUCAAUUCUGCCAACAUCCACCAGUUUGUUAACUGCACCAAAAUCUUUGGAAGUUUGGCCUUCUUUCCAGAAACGUUCACAGGAGAUGCAGCUGCAAACAUUUCGGCCCUGAAUCCCCAGAACCUGACAGUUUUUAGAACAUUGACUGAAAUCACAGGUUUCCUGUAUAUCCAAGCUUGGCCAGCCAACUUGACAGACCUUGGCGUCUUUGGGAAUCUUACUGUGAUUUGGGGCCGGAUGCUUUACAGAGGCGUUUUUGCACUUGGAAUUGAGUCACUGCAAAUUGAAUCGCUGGGCCUGCGGUCCUUGAAGGAGGUCAAUGGUGGCCUGGUUCUCAUUCAUCAAAACCCUAAUCUUUGUUAUACACCUACAAUUACCUGGGAGACCAUCUUCAAGAACCGGCAGCCUGCUGUCAUUGACAUGGACAAUAAGCAACCCAGGCAGUGUGAAAUGGAGGGACGUAUGUGCCACUCACUGUGCAAUGGUAGCUGCUGGGGGCCAGGGCCAAGCCAAUGUCUAUUUUGUGAUGGUUUUCUUCGUGAACUAGAAUGUGUUGAGUCUUGUGAUGUUUACCGGGAACUCGUCAAUGGGACCCGCUGCAUUUCAUGUGAUCCAGAAUGUCUCCCUCAAAAUGGCAGUGCCACUUGCACAGGGCCGGGCCCAGACCAGUGUGUAGAGUGUCUUCAUUUUCAAGAUGGAGUGUUUUGUGUCGAGAAGUGUCAGCGGGGUCCAAAGAUUUGGAAAUAUGCAGACAAAAAUAAGGAUUGCCAGAUGUGUGAAACCAACUGCACCCAUUCGUGCACAAACUUUGAUGAUAAAGGCUGCCCACUGGAUCAAAUGCCAGGCCCAGGGACAUCCAUUGCUGCAGCAGUAGGGGGAGUUUUACUCUUUCUUAUAUUACUGGGGCUGUUGGUAUCCUACUGGAGUCACAAGAAGAGAAAAGCCGAAAGGAGGAAUAAACAAGAGAAUGAGCUGGUUGAACCAUUGACCCCCAGUGGGGCCACACCCAAUCAAGCCAAGAUGCGCAUACUAAAAGAAACUGAACUAAAGAAAUUCCGUGUUCUGGGAUCAGGAGCUUUUGGUACAGUUUUCAAGGGUGUCUGGGCUCCUGAAGGAGAAAAUGUUAGGAUCCCAGUGGCCAUUAAAGUGCUCAGAGAAAAUACAUCACCCAAAGCAAACAAGGAAAUCUUAGAUGAGGCAUAUGUCAUGGCAGGGGUCUCCCACCCCCACGUCUGCCGACUUCUAGGGAUUUGCUUGACUUCCACAGUGCAGCUGAUUACUCAACUUAUGCCAUACGGCUGCCUUCUGGAUUAUGUGAGAGAGAAAAAGGACCAAAUCGGCUCACGUUACCUACUCUCCUGGUGCAGGCAGAUUGCAGAGGGCAUGAGAUACUUGGAAAAUGUACGCUUGGUUCACAGGGAUUUGGCUGCUCGAAAUGUUUUGGUGAAAAAUGCCAACAAUGUGAAAAUCACAGACUUUGGUCUUGCACGCCUACUGGACAUUUAUGAGACUGAAUACCAUGCAGAAGGGGGAAAGGUCCCCAUAAAGUGGAUGGCCUUAGAGUCAAUUAUAGAAAGAAGAUUCACACACCAGAGUGAUGUCUGGAGCUAUGGUGUCACUGUUUGGGAACUUAUGACCUUUGGUGCAAAACCAUACGAUGAUCAUCCUGCCCGUGACAUUCCUGAACUACUAGAGAAAGGAGAACGACUUUCCCAGCCACCUAUCUGCACAGAGCAUAUAUAUGGAGUAAUGACCAAUUGCUGGAUGAUUGACCCUGAUAGCCGUCCUAGAUUUCAGGAGCUGGUUGCAGAAUUUACAGAAAUGGCCAAAGAACCAUCCAAAUAUGUGAUCAUUCAGAAUGAUGAAUGUAUGAACUUGUUGACUCCGGAUACCAGUGAGUUUUUCAGAACAUUCCUAGAGGAAGAGGAUGGCAUGGAUGAGCUGCUUGAUGCUGAGGAGUAUCUUGUUCCCCAGCCAGCCUUCUUCAAUGCAACAUCAGAGCAGGUUCCUAAUGGAAGAGCAAGGAUUUCAUCCAACAGAAGUGUGGAUCAAUCUUUGAAUGGUGACAUGAACCCUGGAGGUCGAAGUGCUCUUCCUUCAGUCACUACAAUUGGCAGGGGACAGUAUCCUACACUUCCUUUACCAGGGCGUGGGCAAUACCCAUCUGUGAAAAGUGGGGGAUGGGGCCAGAUGGCUUCUUUGGCUCGCAGCACAUCUCAACACUCAGCAGCAGGUUACUCGGACUCUGUGUUUCUGGAAGGAGAUGCUAUGGCAGGGCAGUUUUCACUUGUCCCCUCUUGUCGUGAGGACAGCACUACUCAUCGAUACUAUGAUGAUCCCAGCAUAGACCCAGAACUGGAGAAUGAGGAUGAUAUUGAAGUGGAUGGGUACAUCAGUCCUGAGUACGUGAACCAAACAAAUGAUGGCUUUCUAGGGGGAAUGUUCAAGCAGAGCCUGAAACCCUUGCUCCCUCGUCAGACUGGAAGUGUUCCUCGGUAUAGCUCUAUAAAGGAAGGAAUGCCAGGAUUUACCACUACUGUGGAAAAUCCAGAGUACCUGACUCCAUCAUCACACAGGGACCCUGGGGGCUCGUCACCUGCUUUUGACAAUCUCUACUACUGGGAUAUGGACUCCCAAAGCAGGUCAAAAAAGCAGGAAAAAGCCAUACCUUCACAGAUAAAUGGUUUUGUCACUCCUGCUGUUGAAAACCCAGAAUACUUAGGGCUGAGCGAAUCCUGGAGUGGGAACAGGGCAAAGGAGCACUGAAGCAGAUGGAGAGCAGCAAAGUCACAGGAAGACUUGGUUAUAUGGUGCCAUGAUGGUUCACUUAUUAGGGGCAUCAUGAUAUUCAUGAGCAAGCCCUUAUCAUAAUUAUUGAGCCCUAGAGCAUGCACUGGAGCUACUCCUUUUUAAGGGGCAUUUUGGCACCAUUGCCACAAGAAGGAAAGUACUUUUAACUGGUUCUAUGCAGGCAGACACUACUCUGCAACUACUGACCUAAUAAUCUCCUCAUUUUUAAGGUUAUUGGUCUGCUACACAAAAUGUUUUUAGAAGCAAUGUGUUUUGCCAUCGUGGCUCUCUUUUAGAUCUGGACUAAUAAAUACUUGCACUUGUGCCAACUUAAAUGAUACAUUUGUGCCUACCUGAAAUCGGAGAGAAGAAACAUUAGAACAAAAAACAAAUCAUGCUAAUCAGUUCUUCUCCAACUCCAUACAACAAACAUUUGGAAAGGUAAUAUACUGGUAAAUAGUCAUGGAAACCUCUAACAGGCUAAUUGACAAUUUCUGCUAACCAGACAAGCAUAAUCUGGACUAAGCGAGUAGCGUAGCAUUACCACUUACUUGAACUUUCACAACAUGAGCACAGCCUUAUAUGGCUUAAUACCCAACUGCGCUUGCCAGUUCUGUGCCUUAUGAAUCUCCAUGUUGGAAGUUAUUGUACAAGUACAGGAUUCUGCGCCUGUACUCAGUGAAGAGUGCUUCAUAAAACUGAAUUGAAUAUCCAGUUCCAUUCUUUGACUACCACAGUGCUGUUGCAAUUUUAGGUUUUCAUCCCAGCCCUUUGUAGCAAUAUGUUUACUUCUGGGAUUAACAAAGUUCAAGUUUAAAGUUAUUAACAAAACAAAUACACCAUGCAUAGAGUGUAGAAUUCUGCCAGUGGAGUGGCAAAGAAGCUCACCGUCAUGUAGGAAUGGCAAUGUCUGCCUUGAAGAUUAGGCCAUAAUAUAUUGGUAGGUUCAUAGCUAUACCAAAAGGCAGCUUCUGUACAGAAGUUUAAACUUUGAUUGUUUUGUAUUGUAACAGAUUAUAAGACUGUAUAUUUGAUACUUGUACAUUUUGGGUUUUUUAUGGUAUAAAGAGAUUUUACAAGUGUAAUUUUUAUACAUGUCAUAAUUGUUGGUCUAAUUCUAAAGUUAAAUUACUGUAUUUUAGCAAAUCAAUUUUUAGAGCUAUCCAUCUUCAAAAUAAAAUUUGUUUUUGGUAUACUUGAA